UUGACGUCUACGGCUACUUCUCUUCCCCAUAACGAAUUCGAAAUUUGAACAACCUCGUACAUCUGUCCAUCCAAAAACGCUCUCCUUAUUCUUCAAAAAAAAAAAAAGCUCUUGUUAUUGUUAUUCUAGGGUUUGACGAUCAUAUUUUUUUUCCAUUAGGGUUUACUGAAAAAAAUGGUGAAGAAGCUGGAAAGUUCGGUUUGCGUUACGCCAUUGAUAGUGGAUUUAUCUUCUUCACCUUCCUCUGAUGAAGGAACUCCAUUGAGACCCAUUCUCUGUCUCAAAAGUAGAGACCAAUUGAAGGAAUUUGAAGAUAAAGAAGAGUGUUUUAUUCUUGAUUUUGAUCCUUAUGACUCUGUUGAUAUCUCUAAGCUAUCUAUUUCUAACAAUGUUGAUGCUUCUGAUAUCGUUGUUGUUGCUGAAAAAGGACAGGUGGCGUGUCGAGAUUUUCCACAUCCAAGGCAUGCCUGUGCAAAACAUCCCUUUGAGAAGACACCACAUGAGGUCUACUGUGAAAUGUGUUAUUGCUAUGUCUGUGAUGUGUCUGCUCCUUGCAAAUCCUGGACUGGGGAUUCAGCCCAUUGCCAUGCCAUGAAUAAUGAAGCUUGGAAGACUCUGAGGAAUGCCCGGAAAAAGUAACCGUAGAAUUAGUAUUUUCUGCAAUAUUACUUCCCCAGACUUUGUAAUUCUGGUGUAAAGUGAUGGCUCUGCCUUGCCUUGUUGAAAGUGCCGUUAGCUGUAGCACGGCCAAGUACCUUGUUAUGAUCUGGGAUUAAGUUGAAUGCGAGGUCUGUAUUCGAGUAUCCCUCAAAAUUAAGCUAGGUCUUUGUAGAUAUUUUGCUUUAAGGUAUGUAAAAAUCUUGGAUGAACAUGUUCCCUUGUGUAACAAUGUUGCAGAUAAAAUCCUCAGAUCUUUUGCGAGUGCA